AUGCAUUCCCAACCAACUCAGCGAAACUCCCCCAAGUCUGCUUUAAAUUUUUCUCGAUGGAGCAUUGAGAUGGAUGCUGCUCUUGUUAAAUUUGCCAUUGAACAGGUGGAUGAAACAUAUAUCAAAACUGGAGAUUUUUCCAGGCAAUCUUGGGCCACAAUUAUAAAACAACUAUCAGAAAUGUUUCCGGACAAAACACAAAAGUUUGACAAAAGCAAAUUACUCGCUCAUUUUAGAGAGGUUUUGGUCAAAGACCACCAGGUUUGGAGAGACAUCAAACUUCAUGGCGUUGGCAUAGUUUGGUCAGAAACUCAAAACUGUUUUGUCAUCGAUAACAACAGCGACACAUUGGAAAACUUUUUUGCAAACCAAGGUGCAAAUAAAGAGUUGUUUGAAAGAAAUAAAAAGAAAUUGAGCAUAAUGAAAUUCAUGUUCAUGAGCAAUUUUUGUUUUUACCUUGCCUGGUUCGAUAAAUAUCUCUUUCGUUUUGAUGAUACAAAUGACUUGAGUAAAAUUGAUUUUAAAAAUUUAAACUUGACCAUUCCAGAUUUAAUUAGAUCUGGUUAUAACAACUCAAGAGUUUACUCAAAGUCUCACCAGCUCAAAACAUUUCUUCAGCAGCAACAGCAGCAGCAUCAUCACCAACAACAACACCAACCCCAACUUUCUUCAACAAAUAUAAUGCCAGACCAAUUUGGUGGAGGCAUGUCUAAUCAAAUUCAAUCUCGAUUGUCAAGCAAUCAGUUUAAUUCUCAACUAGUUAACCAAAUGAACAACCAGCUUUCUUCUCAAUUAAGCCCACAAAUGAAUUCUCUGUUGAGCAAUCAAAUUAGCAACCAGUUUGAAAAUCAACUUGCUGCUUCUCAAUAUCAAUUAUCAAGUCAGAUGGUAAAUCAAAUAGGCCAGCCCAUAUCAAGUGAUAUCAGCAGUGAUUUGACUAACCAAUUUCAGUAUCAAACUUUUCACAAUUCGAUGAAUAACCCUAUAAUUCACAAUCCAAUGAAUUCAAUCCAACCUAACAAUCAAGUAAAUUCGAUUCAAUCGAUAUCUCCAAGCAACCAAGUAAAUGCUUCCCCAUUACGCCCUUUAACUACAAUUCCAAAUCCAGAAUCUUCGCAUGGUGGAACUAACAUCAUGCAGUUAUUGCCAACUUCAUCUCAAUAUACUCCUUUGGUUUCAGCAACAGAGUCAUCCAAUCUAGGAUCUUCAAGCAUUCCCACGUUGGGCAGUAAAAGUCGUUCAUCAUCUUUGAUAUCUACCAACAGGAUUGUGAAGCCAGAACAUUCCCCAAGUUUUCAUUCGUCUCUGUCACUAUUAGAAGGAUCCACAAUUUCAAACCUUGAGCUAUUAACAACAAAUUCCAGUUUAUUGACUCCACAACAGAUUUCUGUAAAGGAAACACUUGAAAGAAAAUUGAUUGAAAACCUUUUAAAAAUUAAAUUAGACAAGUACAAAAAGAUCACAUCUGUCAUUUAUCAACUACAUCAAUUAAAUCUUAUUUCAAUGGAAUAUGAAAUAAUGUUUUCGAGAAAUUAUUCACUGAAAAAAGAUUUCACUGUUAUUAAUGAGUUGUUGCUAAACAAUGACUUAAGUUUUGAGGAAAGAGCACAGUAUUUUAAACAGUUUAUGGAGUUUUACGUCUCUCAACAAGAAAACUCUCAAUCAAAAAAUAAGGUGAAUACUUCGACUAGUCAUGUUAGUGGGGGUAAUAAUCUCAGCAACAUUUCAACUAGCAAUGCUAACAAUAACAGUAAUUCUAAUAUUAGCCCCAAUACUAAUAGCAGCGCUGUUACUAACAGUAGCAAUAAUGCUAACAAUAAUCACAAUAAAAAUAAUAAUAACAGUAAUAAUAACAAUAACAACGUUAAUGCUAAUACAAACAACACCAGCAACAACGUUGGUGGCAAUGCCAAUAACAAUAGGAACCUGAUUAGUCUUCCCAGUAUCAAUGGAAUUCACAGUAUUAGCAGUAUUAAUAAUUUGAACAAUAGCAAUACCCAUAGUCAUAAUCUUACUCACACUCACAGUCACCCUCAUAACAUCAACAGCAACAGCAACAUUAUGAGCAAUAAUAUCAACAUGAGAAACCAUACUACUGAGCAGUGA